AUGCAGUUCUCCAAGCUCGUCCAGUUCCUUUCCCUUGCCGUCGCCUCCUCGGCCGUCACAGUCUCCUACGACACCGGCUACGAUGACCGAUCCCGCUCCCUAACAGCCGUCUCCUGCUCCGACGGCGCUAACGGCCUGAUCACGCGCUACGGCUGGCAGACUCAGGGCAACAUCCCAAGCACAUACAUCGGCGCCGCCGACGCCAUCGCCGGCUGGAACUCUCCUUCCUGCGGCACUUGCUGGGAACUAAGCUACCAGGGCAAGACCAUCAACGUCUACGCCAUCGACCACGCCGCUGCCGGCUUCAACAUCGCCCUCGACGCCAUGAACGCCCUGACUAAUGGCCAAGCCGUUGCCCUCGGCCGCGUCGACGCCACUUCCCGCCAGGUCGAUGUCAGCGCUUGCGGUGUCUAG